AGGUCGGUUAUUUUGAAGUCACGGUUAAGAAGAUCGUCGCUGCGCAUAAUGCAACGGGAUCGUGCGAUUCUCGCAAUCGGUAGUUGAUCGCUGUCAGCAAACGAAUACAAGGGCUCUAGUUGUGAAUCGGUUAUUAAUAAAUCCUUACCAGGAACGUUAGUUGAUUUCGAGAAGCAAGAUCCCCUCGUGUAGGGGAUCGUAGUUACGACGAUCUUCCGUUGUUUAACACGCUGAGAUAUUUCAUACCGCGAUCACGAUAAAUUACUCGUUGAUAACGGUCAUUUGCAAGAGAAAUUUUAAUAGAUAACGAAGGGCAACGAGACGGUUUGCGAAAAUCAGGCGAAUCAAGUGAACGAAGGAAUUGGAAAGGGAUAAAGGGCGUAUAAAAAGUGGCAGCAAUAGGGGAGAUAUUGGCUAUUAAAUUUAAUAGCCAGCCAGGGAAGAGAAACGAUAGUUCUUCUAGUCUCUUCUUCUCCUUCCUCGAUGAAACAAUAAAAACGAGCCAUUAAUAACAGCUUGGUGACAAAUAUGACGGAACUUCCGACGUGAUCCGGAAGUGGCUAAAUGCACCAGUGGCUCGGUUCCCCUAUCCUUCUUUGUAUUUCUCUCGGCUUUAUAAACUUGUGCUCGCUUCUUCUAUUAUAGAAGAAGAUAACUUUAUUCUAUUCCUUCUAUUUUAAUAAACCCAGCAGACAAAUAUUGGAAUUUAAAACGUCUCGAUUACCUUAGCCGAUCCAACAAGUAAAUCGUUUCAAGUAGUCCGAUUUCCGAAGUUAAUCUUUUAAAUUGACCAAACUGUCAUUGUAUACAGGCACGUACGGUUCUUCCGGUCUUACUUACCGGAACAUUAUGUUUUUAAUCACGGCGACACAAAUACCGCGGUUCGAUUGUUCCCUUGCCCGAUACACAGCGAUCAUCCGAGAAUAAUUGAGGCACGAACGGCAAACAGAUCUGCAUCCUCGUAGCAAGGGGUGCUGCUGCCUUUUCCACCCCCAUUUCUCCCUUCCCCGUGCCCCAACGCUCUACGACAUGAUCUCUACUUCAUUGUCAUCUGUCAUCCGUCAUCUGUCAUCGCGCCACGAACAAAUGAGCGUCUCAACAGCCGGCAGACAAAUCACUCCAAGGAUUAUCCGUCGAACCUUUCUUCCUCUUUUUCUCCUCUCCUCUCUCUAUCUAUAAUACCUAUCUAUCUGUUACACUCUGGUGAAACUAGAGUUGGGAUUGAUACUUUACUUAGGGAGGGGGAGAAGUCGAAAUUUUUGGAUUAUACAGAUUUUCAGUAAGUAGUUAAAUUAGAUUUUGAGAUGAGUUAAUUAUCAAUACAUAUCGUAUCGAUAUCCAUCGCUAGUGCUUUUUUCUUUUCACCCUUCUUCGAUUCGUUUCUUUGUUCAUCUUACCAACCUUUACUCUCUUCGUCAGGCUCUUUCUCUUCCUAUGAAUGAAUCAGGGGAUAUAUCAGUUUGUUUCGCGAUGCUCGAAAUACCCCACGAGUGGAUCGCUGGAUCCUUCAGGAAUUGAUAUUAGCGUGGACGAGCUGGAUUUUCUUUCAUUCGUUCUUUUUCUCUAUUUAUUCUAUACUUCGUUUUCUAAAGAUUCAGUAGACUAUUGUUUGAUAUUUCUUUUUAAGCUGAUAAGGUACGAAGGUCUUGUUUUUGAUUCCUGUUAUAGAUACGGUUAUUAAAUAUAAUCUGAUCGUGAGAAAUAUACGUUUAUGUUAGUAGGUCUGAUUUAUCAUGGUACGUCUGACCAAUUUAAGUAACUUUCACUGCGACAUCAGACGUAUUCGAUGCUACCGUCCAAGGAUAUUCCGUUGUUCGUCUUUGUCUUUAUCGUUAUCUUUGCUCGAAAGCAAAUGAACUUGUUCAUUUGUUAGAAUAGCUUUUCAAUUUCAGCGAAAUUAUCGCAUAUGCAACGUAUCGUGAUAGGAAAAAAAGGUUGCUAUGAAGUGUUGUAGGUAGGUUGGCUUGCUGGCUGACUGGUUGGUAUCGAUGUGCAGGCUGGCAAGCGAGCUAUGCUGGCUCAGCACUCUUCCUCGUUCCUCCUCUUCCCUCUGCUGCCAGCCACCUUUACUCUUGCUCCUCUCGUAGUCUUAGUCCCGCUCUCAUCCUGAAACGCGUUCAUAAACUUAACCUACUCUUUAAGGCCACCUAGUCACGGCUAAUCACAUUUUAUUUGCAUCCGAAAAAAAUUAACCCCUUCCGGCCGAUUCGUGUAACCGGAAUUUUCUUUUCCUAGGGAUGGACACGCGAUCAGUCUUUCUUGUUAGAAGUAUCAAGUGUCCAGUGUUGCUUCAUUUAUAAUCACACAUACUAAGAAUAUUAUUGUGUUCAACGGUAUGACUUUAAUUUAGAGAAAAAAUGAAAGAAUUGGGGAGGAGGACAGUCUCCUUCAAUAUAAUGUAAUUGAAACAAGGUUUUGGAUAAUAUUACCAAACAUGUUCAUUCAAAUAGGUCAUGCUAAUAAGUAUUAACGUAGAAACACAGUAGUAUCUUACCCUUCUGGCAAGAAGGGUAGUUGGCUACUUUCUACUACCGUUUCGUUUCAUCAGGUAAAGAGGUUCGCGUCGAUUGAAUCAGUACUGAAUCAUCAAAUAUUGGUACAUGCUACAUUCAUUUAUAAUACUUUUAUGGGAUAAAGACGUGUCAGACUUUCGAUGUUUUGAAAUCGGCCGUAAUACAAAAGUGAUAAUAAGUAGAAAAAUGAGAGAUACAGUAUAAAUGUUGUUUUUACUUAAUCGAUGAGUAGGUCAUCGAAUUAACAUGAAUCGCUUAGUCUUUUGACGGAGGAAAAAGAUUAGGAGAGUCGGAUUUUAUCCAUUACUCUUUUUAAACGAACGAUCAAUGCCACGUGCCUGCGAUUUUAUUUACUCUCAGGGUCUCGUUUACUGCGCGAAGAGAGACGUAUAAGUAGAGAGUAGACCGGUUACAGUCAGAGGAAUGAAUAGAGGAACAAAGUUCUGGAUAUAUCGGUAAUUUCGAGUCGUUCGUCGAACGACUGGAAUCCAUGGGAAGAUGGAUAAAUGGCCGAGAUUGGCAUUGGAGUUAAAAUCAAAAGAGCAUUUCGACCCGACGCGACGGAUUCAUUCCUGGAGAUGACUCGGAGAAGAGCCGGAGAAGACGUGGAACUUCCAUGUUUGGCUAUCGAAUGCAAUCGCUUCCCAUAAAUCUUACGGUCGUUCACACGAGCUCGAUGUUCAUUUACACUUGACAAUAUGGAAGUGUGCAUCGCUGCAUAGGGGAGAAAUUUGUUUCGAAGCGUUGGAAACGGGUGGAAAUGAGAAGAAAAAGAAUAAGUCCGACAGGGGCGAGGGGAAGAUGGAAAGGGUGCGAGAGGGUGCGAGGGAGGCGCGCGAGAGAACGAAAAUUUGAUAUUCAUGAAGCAUUUUAAAGUCGUGCCAUCCGUGGAAUGGGUAUAGAAUAUAGACUGCUAAGCAGGGGUAGACAUUUGUGGAAACCUAUUUAGAUGCGAGUUCGUGAUUCGCGCCCGUCGCUCGUUUCAUCCCCGCAGAUGUUGCAAACUGAAAGCUUCCUUUCUGAAAAGAGGUGCGUUCGCAGCAACGAAAAUCGCAGCCCCGCAUCGUGGACGCGCGAUAAGGGUUCACCCUUUACACACUGAUCGUUCUCUAAAUUAAAAUGCUGGAGAAAUAAAGAAGAAGGAGGUGAUCGCCGGGGAACACGGGUCAUCGUCGAAGAAAGAGAAAGAGGAGAGACCGGUGAAAAAUUAUAAUAAUCACUUUAGAAAUUAAUGGUACCUCCGCGGAGGUACGGAAUCCGUGCCGGGAGUGACAAGGUGGUGGUCACGGUGGUAGGGCAACCUAGGAGCGUGCAAAUGGCGACUCCUUGUCUCUCCAGCCAAUCGUUGCAGCCGACCGAGGGUUGUGUAAUGGCGGUCACGCCUACCCGUGACGUCAGCCUGUCAUGCGCGUUAACUCGCAUUCCACUUACACUCGUCAGGCCAGUCACCACUUGGACGACGUAUUCGACGCUGCUCACCACGCGGCGUCGUCGUCUUCUUCUUUUUUCUCAUUUUCAAUCGCGUACCGCGCGGUUUCGUUCGAUCAGAAAGGAUCGCGUUAAAGCAACAUUUAUUUAUACUUUAUCGUGCCCGUCCAUGAAUUAGAAACGCAUUAGUAUCUGCACUGUUUGAAUGUUUAACACAUUACGGUACACCUUGGAGACGAAGGAGAUAGAUCGGAAGUUGAGAUCUCUUACCAGGAGACUGCUUUUUGGCGGGAAAAGCGAGUAACAGUGUGGUGGAAGUGACAGUGCUGUUAGUGGAUGUUUUAACAGAUGUUCAGGAACGUGUAGUGAUUUUGAUUGGUCAAAAGAAAUAAUCGUGGAACGAUGGUGGCAUAAAUUGUAAAGACUACUAAGGGCUCUACUUAAUUUUAUCAAGAAUAAUUAUAAUCAGUGAAUUCUGUAAUGAAAAUGAAUGCUAUUGCUCACGUGGCGUAGUAUAAUCGGUGUCAGGUUCGCGAGGAAACUGUAAAUACCGGUGUAGGGUCGUUAGGCGGAGUCUGGAAAGGUGGUCACGACGCAACAAACGGUGACAAGUUGUCCAGGAGGUGGCGAGGGUGUGAGAGCCGGAGGCGGAGGCGGAGACGGAGGUGGUGGUGGCGGUGGCGGUGGCAGCGAGAAGACGCUCCCGUAUGCGGCCAGAACGAACACGGUAGAGGAGGUGGAGGCGCAGGAGGUGGAGGUAGAGGUCGACGAGGUUAAGAUGGAAGCCGAGGACCAUCUCGCAAGGGAAUACGUACAGGAGUUUGUUCUCGAUCAUCUCGAUCCCGCCGACGUCAAACGAGAGGUACGAAUCAGCUCACCGAUGAUGGUGAACGGUAGCGUGGUGCAGCUACCUGGUCAGGUGCAAGCACAAGGUUUAGCUCUGGCGCCCCUAACGCCGCCGGCGCACGAGCUCGAGCAACCGCAUCCCCUUUACGGGCAGCCGCACAUACAGGUGCAGCACGGCGUCCUGGUGAAGGCACCGCCGGGUACAGCAUCUCAUUUAACCACUCUCUCCCAUCCUGGAACACCACCGGACACACCUCCGGUUUCAGCUUCUCCACCGCCGUUGCAAUUGCACCGGGGCGAGAGGGAUCCCCGAGAAAGGGGCCUUUUCUUGCACUUGCAACAACCUAAUUCCAUCGUCCAAGACGAGAUGCAACCAGGUACCGGGGGUAUGGGCUGGUUGACGCAGACCCUCAGGCAGGAACCGCUCGACCUUAGGCCUCAUUGUCCUCAGGAGCAAACACCGGAACCUCAUCACGAAGCAUGGCCUUCUACGCCUACCCAUCAUCAUUUUCAAGAGCUGCAACAACUGCAGCGUCACACUAGACAUACUGGUGGAUACAUCACGAUGUCGGGUCACAUAGAGUACUAUGGGGGUGCGAACGCAGGUGGCGGGAUGCUUCCCGCGGGCGGAAGUGGAAUGUCGGGCAUGGAGGAUAGCAUGCAAGGGAUACCCAUGCAACCGGGAAGACCGAUGAGCGUUUGUUCAGUGAGUUCUUGCGGCGCGGGAGGACCUAGCCCAGCACACAGAACAGGCAAUGGUCUUUACUCGAAUUGUGCCAGCAACAACCCUCAGGAAGAACUCAUGAACGACGAGUUACUCAUGUCCCUGUCUGUUCGAGAAUUAAACAAACGCCUUCACGGUUGCCCGCGGGAAGAGGUGAGUCAGGUGGUGCGUUUGAAGCAGAAGCGACGGACCUUGAAGAACCGUGGCUACGCUCAGAAUUGUCGUAGCAAGCGGUUACAACAACGCCACGACCUCGAAACGACGAACAGGAACCUGCAGAACGAACUUCAACGAGUCAAGAUCGAGCUGGCUCGUGUCCAGCAGGAACGUGAUCUCUACAAGCAACGUUGCGAGAUCCUGAGAACGCGACAGAAUCAUAAUCAUAAUCACAAUCACAACCAUCAUCAGCAACAGGCAUCCCAACAGCAACAGCCACAACCGCAACAACAUCAAACGCCGAAUCAACAGCAACAGCAAUCGCAGCAGCAGCAGCAACAGCAACAACAACCUCCUCCGCAACAACAACAACAACAACAUCAACCAGCGCCGGCUAGUCCGGAAGUUUAUCUGUGACAUCGACAGCGCCGAGGUGGCGCUUGUUGGACCUGAAGAGAUAUCCGUCGUGUGAUCGCCAAGUUUUCACUUGUGACAUAGGUUGGUCGUGGGUUGAAUAGACCAGGCAGACAACCCACUAUUCCUUCGAGAAGCAGUUUUUCAAUCGAGACUAAAAUAAAAUGAAAAAAAAAAGAAAAACUCUUUAUGCACAUCUUCCGGUCUACGUGUAUACUGAAAUGAGUUGACAUUCUCCUUAUUUCCAUAGCUUUGUUAAGCUACGGUGAGAGCCUUGACUGUUAAACUGACUUUCUAAAUCGCGUCGUGGAAUCUCCAGCGCAACUAAGGUAUCAUUAGAUUAAAGGUAAUUAGUUUGAUUCGCAUAGAUAAUAUAAAUAUAUGCUCGUGGUAGACUGAACGUCUUUACCUGUACCAAAUAAAUGAAAAGGAAAAAAAUACCAAAAAAAAAAAA